ACAGUCGCACGUCGUGGCGCAAUCUUUCACCCAUCAAACAGCUGAAUAGCCUAUAGUUUCAGCUCCAAAGAUAGCUGCAUAACGCCUGUCUGGCCCUUUGUUUUCGCUCUCGAUCCAGAGAAGUCGAUCUCGGAUAGGCUACUGGAGAAUGGUGCAGUGGUGCCAUGAUCAUCCUACAUUAAAGGAAAAGGUUUGAUGUAUGUGGAAUCUAAAGCAAACCAGACAGGCCUUCUUCCCUGACUCAUCUUUACCAAUGUGGUUUAGACGUGGAAAGAUUACUGGACAGAGAAAAUCAUUUUGACAUCCAAGACCUUCACUUGAGUUCUCUGGCCCAACCAUGAGGGACAGACUGAGCAACCUGCAGGAAAUGUCCAACGGCCAUGUGGAGCCGAUGGAGUACGAGGAGUCCGUCGUCUCUGAAGCCUUCAGCAACGUGGAGCUCGAGGAGGAGCUGCCUCAUGAGGCGGUCGUGUGGGACAGCAGCCCUGUUCUGGAGGAGGUCUUCUCUGAGUCACAAGAGAUCCACAGAGAGAUCCAGCUCAUCCGCUUGGACGUCAAAAGGCUGCGUGAGCAGAACUCUCGAAUAACCCAGGGUGUCACCACCAUGAGCACCAUCAAAAGGGACUCCAAUGCUAUCGGUGCUGACAUAAAAGCUCGGGCAGAGGGGAUUCUGUCAAGUCUGAAAGAAAUGGAUGGCACAGCCUGCGAGCUAGAGGAAGCUCACGGGUCAAGUUCUGCCAUCACAAGAAUAUCCAGAACCCAGUAUGCCGGCCUCAGCAAUGGUUUCCGUGAUGCCAUGUUUGACUAUAACGAGGCUGAGAUGAGCCAUCGGGAGAACUGUAAAGCCCAGAUCCAGAGGCAGAUGGAGAUAGUCGGACGAGAGGUGACAGGAGAGGAGGUAGAAGAGAUGAUCGAGCAAGGUCAGUGGAACAUCUUUAAUGACAACGUCAUGUCUGAGGGCAAAACAGCUCGAUCGGCUCUGUCCCAGAUCGAGAAACGUCACCAAGAGCUGUUGGACCUGGAGAACAGAAUCAAAGGCAUCCAUGAGAUUUUCCUGGAUGUUGCGCUGCUGGUGGAGGAGCAGGGCCCCAUGAUUACCUCCAUCCAAACCAAUGUUCAGAAAACGGAUGAAGGCAUACAAGAUGCCCUUGUCAAGCUUCGCAAGGCCAAACGUCAUGACAGUAACAACCCUUUUAAAAAGAUGUUUUGCGGCUGUUUCCCAUGUUAUAACAAGUAAUGACUAAAGAACACAGAUGUGGUGAGAGGGUUGGCAAAAUAUUCUAAGUUAUUUCCAGACAAAGACAACUGGGAAAUCAACAAGACAUUAAAAAUGUUCUGCUCUUCUUAUUGUCAAAUGUUUAUUAACAUGGCCUGUGGAGUUAUUGCUCAAGAUUUGUCAGGGAGUUACAUAAAGUUUUGGGAGAAAGUUUUAAAUGAACCUUUCUUAACGGGUUUUUGCUCAGGUAAAAUAUUUAAAAUUUGUAUUUAAAAAACAUGAAUGUCUGUGAAGUUUGUAUAAGAGGUCUUAGACAGGUAAUCUCAGAUCAGAGAUAAUUUGUGACUACCCCGAGAAAAGUUGGAAAAGAAAAGAAAUAUUUCUCAUUGUCUUAGCUUGCUGAUUCAUCACAUGGGAGAUACUUUUCUAUAAACACCAUGAAAAGACUGUCAGAGAUGUUUUCAUUAAUUUGUAGAAAAUAAAUCAUGAAAAAAAAAAAGUUUGUGCCAGGCAUACUGGACUGUCUGUCGCACUUAUUCUAGAUGUGGGGAACACCCCUUUUAGUUAACUAGUGCUGGAAUUUUGAAUAAUGAUCCCCUUGAUAUACAGCUGAGAGUUCAUGUUUUAGAAAUUGUAAACUGAAUUGUUCUUGAUUGAGUUGUAAAUAUGUUCUGUUUUACUAUACAUUUAAAUGCCAAACACUUUUAAUUUCCCAUCAUUUUCUAUGAUCUACCAUCUCUUAUACAGUCAACAGUAUCUGGGCAAGAAGAACAUUUUAUUGGUUUUGUGAUGUACACUAUGUUGCUCUUCACUGCUAUUUUAUGAUUUGUGUUGUAUGAUAAUACAUUUAAGUUGUCUGCCUUUUGUUCGUGCUGUCCUGUAUACAAACAUGGAGAGUUGAAUUAAGAUAAGUGAGUCUGUUUUAUUUUAAAUGAAUCAAAACAGAAAAAUAAAGACCAAUUGAGAUUA